UCCAAGUUGCCCGAUAAGCUCCAAUAUGAAGAGCACCCACUUAUUGAAGGGUGAUAACCUUACACCAAUUGAAUUCAAAGGGUGCAGGAGUGGUAAUUUAAACUUUUGUUGAUUUUAUGAUCAAUUUUUUCACUCAAAAUUUGGCCUUAUGGGAUCUAGGGAGUUGCACAACCUCAACGACCGUAUUGCAGCAUUGGGCAUCUCAGAGGAUGACGAGGGCAUAUCCUUUGCCCAGACGGAAGAUGCUCAGAUGACAGGGGCUUUACCACAAUUUUGGACCAUCACCGGGCGAUUCCUCACAGACAAGCCUAUCAAGUUUGAAGUGAUGCAGCAAGUUCUAGCAUCGGUGUGGCGACCGGCCAUGGGUGUACGGAUUUCACAGGCAAGUUCUGGAAUUUACCUUUUCAAUUUUUGUACUAAAGCCGUGUUCGUCUUUAUGACAGGUAACAAGAAGACUAUGAUGGAACCACUCCCGCAGGGCAUUGAGUCAGAGGAGAUGCAAGGAUGACAGGAAAAUGUUUGAUCAUCAAGAUUUUAAAAUGUGUCAUGAUUUGAUUAUUAUUGUACUUCCGCAUUACUCUGAAAAUAUUUUUAAAUGGGUCGCGAUCCAGAGUCUAUAAAUUUAACAUUUAUAAUAAAUUGUCAUUUUCAAAUAUCAAGCGAAAGUUUUAUUUAACCCUCGUUUCACCUUAAUACAUGUAAUUCCGGAUU